CGCUCGCUGCUGAACCCUCCUUGGCUAGCCCCAACCCCGACGAACCGGCGGCGGCGCCGGGAGCCCGGGGCCAUACGGGAUCCGCGGAGACGCAUCCAGCGGGCUGUUGUGGUACAUGGCUGACUCCUCCUCCUCUUACUUCCGUUUCGCCGCUGCGGCGUCGCCCGCUUCUCCGAGCAGGUCUUGGUGCCCAGGGCAUCAGGGACAGAGUAUGUAUGUCCUCACCCGUCUCCAUCCCACUGUCAAAAUCCUCUCUCAAACUCAGACCACCUAUUUAUUCUCGUUCGCGCAGCAAUUUUCUUUGCUUUGGGGGCGGAAUUUGGGAUGUAUUGGGAUGCUAGCACCCGUCUCAUCUGUGUGACACUGCAUACUUUACUGUAAUCUGGUUGAGGAUAAGAGGUUCUAUGUAGCCUGAGCUACAAAGGAACUUUACCUUACUGUAAUGUGGAGAACUGAAAGGGAUAAAUAGGCCAAUUCGAUGGUCCGGUUAAGAGCUUGAUUGGGGAAUGGGGAUUCAGUUUCACGACUUAGAGUAUCUUUUCACACAUAUCCAAAUUUGCAAAUGUGGGGCCAUUUUUAAGCUUACAAUGCUACCAUUCAAUCGCUAUCCAAGUUUUGUUCACAAGUGUGCUCUAGUUACUCUGUAGCCCCAAGGUGAACCUCCUUGACUGCCUGGGUUAACUGUGAUGAAUACAACAUAUAGUCGUUUGUAAGCUGUGUCUCACAUUUCUUUACGGGAUCUUUAGUGGCAAUUAUGAUAUGUGCAGAUUCUGCUGUACAUCUCUCAGAUCGUAAAUGUAGGCUGUCGUUGUGCGGUCCUCCCUUGGCAGACCUCGUUGGGGACUGAGUUGUCUCAUUCCUGUAAGAGACUGGCUGUCAUGGCUGGUUGAUGAAAAUGAUGUUACCGGGAAAACAAAGAUGAAAAUGAUGUUGUUUAGGUAUCCAAUUUCCACUUGUGCUUUGCUCUUGCUUGGCUCCAGUACAUGGCGCUACUAGCUCAGGUAAGUCAUCAGGUUCUACUUGCGGCGAGGGGAAGGAGCAGAGAGGAGGGCGCGGGCGCUGGCGGCACUAGGGUUCACACGGCCUCUCGCGGGAGAGGCGCGGAUGAACGGGUUGUGCCAUAAUGACAACAAUCUCAAAUUCUCUGUUACCUCAUCAUCUACAAUUUUCUCCGAGUGCCAUCGCUACUCUCAAUUUGGUCCCAGAUCUGACUGGAGACUAUUUGGGAUCAAUCUGUUACUCGAGGUAAGCUAUACUACAUAGAUUUUGGUUGAACAUUAACUAGCUAAAUGAUUUGUCAUUGGGGAGAUUAUUAAAAAAACGCAUUGGUGAGGAGAGGAUUUGUCUGCACAGGAAAGAGAACAUGAUGUCCUAAUCUAUUCAUUAGGUACCAUCUAUCUAGAUGAGGAUGGGUGGGCAUGUUAGGUACAACAAUACAAUAAGAUACUCCCAUUAGGACUAUCCUAUGUGCUACUUGGCUUAAGCUAUUCAUCAUUGGCGGUUGGCGAUGACCAAUGCUACCAGUAAAUCACACAGCAAUGACAAUAAGCAGGUUGGCAGUCUCUUUCACAAAUACUCUGCACGCCAUCCAACUCAGCACCUUUGUCGCAUACUGUUUUAGGCUGCAUUUUUCUACAUAAACAGAGGAAGGGGGGAGGGGGGGGGGGCGACUUCAGCACACCUAGUGUUAUCUGGGUAUCCUACCACUGCUUUACUUGCUCUCUUGCUCAUAUCCCAUUGGCCUGCCAUUGACUCCGAGGAAGUUCCACCUUGGUUGCUUGUGUUUGUUCCUUUGGUCUUGGUCCACUGAUCACUGAUUCAACCAGGAUUCAAGUGAUCCGGUGGGACAGGAAAUAGUUUAUGCUAACACGCUCUACUCUUACAACACUCACAUCAGUGCCUUAUCAGUUUUAUUACCGGCCCAUAUUCAGUUGUUCCCAGUCUUGCGAGAUCUUAAAAGUGGCGAUGAGCUGAUCAUCAUAGCAGACUUUGUCUUCAAGAAGAUGAAUAUGGAUUCUUAUUAUUGACUAAAGACUAGUUUGUAAGCCUUCACUUUUUGCCAUUCUGCAAAACAAGUCACGUUGGUGUUUUCUGGUGGAUCUCUAGCACUGAAUUCAAUCUGUCUGAUCAAUGGCAACCAUACUAGAAUCUUUGCUUGGAUCAUGUGCCAAUAAGUUGAAAGAUAUCAUUACAAAUGAGGCCAUAUUAAUCCUAGGGGUGGAAGAAGAGCUCGCAGAACUGCUGCGACGAGUAGAGUUAAUACGAUGUUGUAUAUAUGAUGCUGAGAAAAGGAGGACAAAAGAGUUAGCAGUAAACAAUUGGCUUGGUCAACUGAGAGAUGUCAUAUAUGAUGUUGAUGAAAUGUUAGAUAUGGCCAGAUGUAAAGGUAGCAAGCUACUGCCUGACCAUCCUUCAUCAUCAUCAAGCAAAUUAGCUGCAUGUAAAUGCCUUUCAAUUUCCUCUUGCUUUUGUUACAUCGGGUCACGUCGUGAUGUUGCUGUUCAGAUUAGAAUUCUGAAUAAGAAGAUAGAGAACAUUUCAAAGGACAAGAUUUUUUUAACACUCAACAGUAGUACACAACCUACUGGACAGGGUUCAACAUCCAAACUGAUAAGAAGUUCCAACCUUGUUGAGCCCAACCUUGUGGGGAAGGAGAUCAUACAUUCUAGCAGGAAACUGGUUGACUUAAUUCUUGCACACAAGGAAAGUAAGUCUUACAAGCUUGCUAUUGUUGGAACAGGAGGAGUUGGUAAGACAACACUAGCUCAGAAAAUAUACAAUGACCAAAAAGUAAAAAGAAGCUUCAGGCAACAGGCAUGGGUUUGUGUUUCGCAAGACUAUAGUGAAGUAACACUUCUGAAAGAGGUUCUCCGAAAUAUUGGUGUGCAUCAUGAGCAAGGGGAAACCAUAGCAGAACUACAGAGAAAGGUUGCAGAAACAAUCAACGGAAAGAGUUUCCUUCUUGUCCUAGAUGACGUCUGGCAUCCCAAUGUAUGGAUGGAUUUAUUAAGACCUGCAUUGCAUGAAACGACCGCCGGAGUAUUAUUGCUAACCACACGAGAUGAUCAAAUUGCAAAGAGAAUAGGUGUAGAACAUACCCAUCAAGUUGAUCUCAUGUCAGUAGAGGUGGGAUGGGAGCUACUUUGGAAGAACAUGAACAUCGACAAAGAGAAAGAAGUGCAGAAUUUAAGAAACACUGGGAUUGAGAUUGUUCGCAAAUGUGGCCGCCUCCCUCUUGCUAUCAAGGUUAUUGCUAGUGCUUUGGCUGGCAGGGAUGUAACGGAGAAUGAGUGGAAAAAGUUUCUGGAAAAGUAUGCUAGCUCACAAAGCAUGUUCUCUGAUGAAACUGAAGGAGUUUUGUAUUUAAGCUACGAUGAAUUACCACAUCGUCUUAAGCAGUGUUUCCUUUAUUGUGCUUUGUAUAUUGAAGGUACUAUCAUUCUUCGUAGGGAAAUUACCAUGUUAUGGAUUGCUGAAGGUUUCGUCGAGGAGAAACAAGGCCAACUAUUAGAAGACACAGCAGAAGAGUACUACUAUGAGCUAAUCCAUCGGAAUCUCCUCCAUCCAGAUAGUGUAAUUUUUGACCAGGCCGAAUGCAGAAUGCAUGACCUUUUGAGACAACUUGCUUGCUAUAUAUCAAGAGAAGAAUGUUUUAUUGGGGAUGUUGAAACAUUAAGUGGUCAAAAUAUGUCAAAACUGCGACGUGUUAAUGCUAUCAGCAAGAAGGGUAAAGUAGUGUUACCUAGAAUGGAUAAGAUGGAAAUUAAGGUGAGGACUUUCCUAGUUGUUAAUGGUCCACGGAGAAUCGAUGAUACACUAUUCAAGAAAUUUCUGCUUCUUCGUGUUCUGGUACUGAAUUACUCACUUGUGCAAAGCAUUCCAGAUUAUAUAGGAAAACUGAUACAUCUACGCCUACUUAAUCUAGAUUAUACUAGCAUAUCUUGUCUUCCGGAAUCCAUUGGCUCCUUAAAGAACCUUCAAGUUCUGAGCUUGAGAUGGUGCGAGAAUCUGCAUAGUCUUCCUUGGGCGACGACCCAGUUGUGCAGUUUAAGACGUCUUGUUCUCGUCUGCACAAAAAUAAAUCAGGUUCCAAAAGGAAUAGGAAAAUUGAAGUUCCUGACUGAUUUACGAGCAUUUCCUGUUGGUGACGGAAGUGAUAAUGUUGAUAUGCAAGAUGGAUGGCAGUUGGAAGAGUUAUCUUCUGUGUCGCAGAUGAGGUUUCUUGGUCUUGUUAGAUUGGAAAGGGUGACUCAUUGUAGUACAAAUACAGUGUUGACGGACAAAAAGCAUCUAAAAGAACUAAGACUAUUCUGGACUGAACGUGGAGAGGAACCAUAUACCGAAGAAGAUGUUAGCAAUGCUCAGAAUGUCCUUGAGCAGCUAAUACCUCCACGCAACCUGGAAAACCUAACUAUUUCACGGUUUUUUGGUCGGCGUUAUCCCACAUGGCUUGGUACCAGCUGUUUGUCUUCAGUGAUACACUUGCUCCUCACCGAUUUACGAUCAUGUGUGGAACUUCCACCAAUUGGGCAGCUACCAAACUUGAAAUAUCUGAAAAUUGAUGGAGCAUAUGCAGUUACCAAGGUUGGACCUGAAUUUGUUGGUUGCAGGAACAGUGAUCCCGUAUGGAAUGAGUUAGUUGCUUUCCCUAAACUUGAAUGGUUAAUAAUCAUGGAUAUGCCAAACUGGGAGGAGUGGUCUUUUUUUGAAGAAGAAACUGCUGAGGAUGAAGGGGGGGAGGAUGGAGCUGCUGAAAUUCGAAAAGAUGAUGUCCGAUCUGCAGGAUAUCAACUGUUCCCUCGUUUGAUGGUGUUGGAUCUCUUCAAUUGCCAUAAAUUGAGGGCUCUUCCGCGACGGCUUGGAGAGGAUACCGCCAGCUUGAAGGAGCUCAGAUUAAUUGGAACAAACAACUUGAAGGCCCUGGAGGACUUCCCACUGCUGUCUGAGCUCCUUAUUAUUCAGAAAUGUGAAAGCUUGGAGAGGAUCUCCAACCUCCCUCAAGUGACAGAGCUGCGUGUACAUGGCUGUCCGAACUUGAGCCAUGUGGAGGGUGUGGGAAGCUUGCAGCAGCUGGGGCUGGGCGAGGAUAUGCAAGAGAUAUCUUCCUGCUGGGUGUCUGGUCUUCAAGAGCAGCACCAACGACUUCAUGGCGAUGACCUGGAUAUCUACACAUUGUCUACCAGUUAGAUGGCAAUGAAAACACAAGGCUGGACUGAAGGUGCAGUUCACUUGAGCGGGCAAAGCAUGAUGAGGCAUACUAAGUUGAGGAGGCCUGUCAAUGUUGAAGGUGCACAGGUAGCAUGAUGCGUACCAAGCUGGUGAAUGAAGUAUUCUGUUUUCCUUUGGGAAUACUGUAUCGCAUUUCAUUUUGUUUAUAUCUGAGUUCGGGCCAGACGCCUUUGCUGUACUAAACCUCCCAUGUGGUAUGCUUUCAGUUUCCGACGAGUUUCGUUUUAUUUUUUUCCUGAACUUGGGGCCAGAGGCCUUUGCUGUACUGAACCUGUGUGACACAGUUUGGUUCUUUGGAUGUAACCGACAAACUUUAUUUUCACGUGAUUGUAUUAUUUGAAUGGAAGUGAUGCAUUUCUUUUUA